GCAUCUGGUAGUUAUGAUAAGUCUAUCCGUUUAUGGGAUGUUAAGACAGGAUAAUAAAAAGCCAAAUUAGAUGGUCAUUCUAGUUAUGUUUAUUCAGUCAAUUUUUCUCCUGAUGGUACUACAUUAACAUCUGGUAGUUAUGAUAAGUCUAUCCGUUUAUGGGAUGUUAAGACAGGAUAAUAAAUCUCAACCUCAGAUAAUCGUUAUCAAAAUAUUCUAGCUUAAUUUUAACCUUCCAUAAUUAAAAAUAAUGUUCUUUCAGAUAAUGUUAAUUCUAACAUUUCCAUUCUUCUAAUAUCACAAUAACUCAUCUUCUAAUCAUAAGGUGCUUUAAUUUUACAAGGACAAUUUCAUAAUCCAUAAGGCAUAGACUUGAGAACAUUAUUUUAAUAAAGAGGAAGCUUGAUUUUAGAAAACCUAAUUCAACAGUAAAAACAUUAAGAUUGA